GUAUCAGAAUAUUUGUGCAUCAGAAUAUCUGUGUAUCAGAAUAACUGUAUAUCAGAAUAGCUUUAUAUCAGAAUAUCUGUAUGUUAGAUUAUUUGUAUAUCAGAAUAUCUGUAUAUAAGUAUAUCUGUGCAUCAGAAUAUCUGUGUAUCAGGAUAUCUUUGACUUCAUUCCCCAAAUUGAAAUUUUCAUUGCAUACAUACCUACCUACCUACCUACCUACAAACAUACAUGUACAUAAAUACAUACAUAAACAUACAUACAUUAUUUGUCGAAAUGCGCAUCUGGUGCAUCAAAAUUGGUACCGUAUAAGUUUUACAUACAUACAUGUACAUACAUACAUACAUACCUACAUACCUAGCUACAUACAUACAUACAUGUGCAUACAUACAUACAUACAUACAUGUGCAUACAUACAUACAUACAUACAUGUGCAUACAUACAUACAUACAUACAUGUGCAUACAUACAUACAUGUGCAUACAUACAUACAUUCAUACAUGUGCAUACAUACAUACAUUCAUACAUGUGCAUACAUACAUACAUUCAUACAUGUACAUACAUACAUACAUACAUACAUGUAUAUAU